GAGAGAGAGCGAAAGAGAUAGACUGAGAAGUUGUGCACUUAGAAUCCGUUGGAUUCCAACCCAGAAAUGCCAAUCAAAUUGACAUUCAAUUCCAAUCCUGACCCCAUAGACAACAUGCCAGGCGAUAAUCGAUAUUUGACCUAGGCCAAUAUAAAAAUGACUAUUCAAAGUGUGCUGCACCUCCCCCGAACUUCAUCUCCUCCCCAUCUCGCCCCUUCCCACGCGACGACUGUCUUAGAUAAUCGACGACUAAUUUGAUGUCUGACUAAAUGUUUGUGCUCAAUUUGAAGCACAUUCGCAGUAGCGCCCAACGAUUCAUCAAAUGGCGCCUCCCCACGCCCCUCCUCAAAGAGUCAUAAUCAAUGCAGACACGUCAAAGAAAUGCCAAGUGGGUUGGUUGUCUUCUAGCUUCUAUCUCCCUCCCCUUCAAGCCCCACCAACGCGGUUGUCAACGGGCGUUGGACUGUGACAUUUGGCAAUUUAUUGAAGACGAGUUCCAAUCAGAGCAAAUCAUGCGAAGCUCGUCUAAUAUGGCAGCGCUGGAUUUAUGGCCGCGUGCUGAGGCCAUCAACAAAUAAAAGGUAAGUGUGAUAUCGGCCAGAUUCCAGAUUUCCCACUCCCCCUCCGCCCACUUCCCUCUUCACAGUCACAACUCAUUCGGCAAACGUAACGAGCUUUUGUCCUUUGUGGUGAGCAAUGGCGUGCACAUUGCAUGUGAAUGGAGCAGGGAAAAAGGAAGCAGGAAGGGAAGGGAAGGGUUCAGGGGUGCAUGCGAGAUAGAUAAGUAUUGCAUGAAGCGAGAGCUGACUGACUGACUGGCUGGUUGACUAGCUGGCAAAGUCGAUGUCGAUUCGCUCACAGAAGCAUUGAAUUGGUGUUAAGCACGAACUGCUCUGCGGAAUGGAAAUGGAAAUCGAAAUGGAAAUGGAAAAUGCAAAUGAAAAAAUCAGCAAGUUGUCAUUCGACACAGACAGCGAUUGAAGCUAGCCGAGAGCAGACGACAUCACAAGGAUCACAGAAGCAAGUUAAAAAUGUCCAAUCAACUGUUUUUCCUCAGUUUGGCCGACAUAUUCUCCGUGUAUCCGGCCAUCUUUAAGGAUGUGAGUAAACACCUCAAGAAGACCAAACAAAUCUAUCUGCCCAGCGAUGAAGAGUGGCAGGACAAGAUGUACUACAUGCUCCUCGAGAUUCAACGCCAGGUCAACGAAUCCACGGAUGUCAACAUCUCGCUCAAGGACAUCGAUAAGCGUGACAAACCCGCCUUUGAUCCCGAUCGCAUUACCAAAAUCAUCUCGCCAGGAGUAAGUCCAAAUGGUCGUCGGAGUCGUGUGUUGAAGUACUGUCAUGAUACGACUGUGAGGAUUAGACUGAAGGCAAGUGCUCGUUGGAAUCUUCCCACGAUUGCCAAUGCAGCCAAGUUGCUGAGGAAACCUCCACUGCCGGUUCAUUUCCAGAAUGAACACGAGAUGCGAUUGGCUUACUCCCUCAUCUACGAUGUGUUUCGCUAUAAAACAGUUUUGUGCAACGCGUUAUCGGAUGUGAGUUUUUUCGACCGGGAGGAAAAUCAGAAGUUUAUCAAAGAUGAGCAGCGUAUUUGGUUAAUGCUUUUUGAGCUCUACGAUCGUCACUUCCGCAAUCGCAACUCGGAGCUACAUGAGCUGCAAGCCCAACUCUACAAGGAGUCCGAGGUAACAGAACACGCUGCGGUGCUUUGGCGCCAUCGCAUCAAGUUGGCUGCCUCCAUUUCCCGCAUGCGCAUUGGCGUCGGAGCUCUGCGUCUCUCCCAGCUGCUGCCCAUUCACUUGCAGAACGAGAAGGUUGCUAUUGCCGCUGCCAAUCCAGUGGUGACCGGUUGGAUUAAUCCCUUUCUAGUGCGCAAUAAGAUGGAGGCGGAUAAGAUACUCACGGAGAUGGGCUACACUGUGCAUGGACCGGAUGAUGAGCAACCGCUGCUCGAGCAACACUGCAAGUGGGACAACAUUUGUCCACUGGUUAUCUCGGUGAUACCCAAGGAUCGCAGCGAGUUCACCAAGUCUGUGCUGAUGACCAAGCACAUGUUUAUAAUGCAGGACAAAAACUUUUCCUUUGGUCCCGCCAUAAUGUCCAAGCUCAUGGACUACUUUGAGCUGUACGGUGACAUACUACAAACUCACAUUGAUUCACCACGCUCCACAGCCUACUUGGCAGCCUUGUUCUACUCCGUAAACCGCGUCAACAAUUUCUAUGUCUAUGGAGCAGGCGCCAAUCUUAAGGAGUACCGACGCUACAUGGAGUCCAUAGGAGUCAAUAAUAUACGACUGUUUGCGGAUGCCUUCACCUCGUUUCCCAUGGAAUCGAAUCGUUUUCGCACUGUUGUGGGGGUAUUUGCCACGCCCCCGAACUCCUUUAGUGCCAUAUCAGAUCCGAUUGAUUUGAUCUGUUCACGUGGCGGUGAUUUAAGCAUGCUCGAGGUGCUCACCGAGUCGGAGGUCAGUGAUGAGGGCAAACAGCGUGUAGGAUGCAUUCUCGAGGAGCAGCUGCUCACACUGACCAUGACUAUGUCACGACCCCAAGUGCAAUUUGUGCUCUAUCAAACACAUUCGAUUGUGACCACCGAGAACGAGGAUAUGGUUCAACAUGUGCUGCAGGUGAUCAACAAACUGGCGCUGGAGAAGCAUCGUCAGGCGUAUCGCGAGGUCAAGCGACUCGAAGCCAUUGCUGAGGCGGAGGCAGCGAAUAUUCCAGCUGCAGCCAUGUCCAAGGAGUCGCCGCGCAAAAAGGAGAAACUCUCAGCUGAAGAUAAACGCAAAUCCCAACCAGAAUUGCCAGCUAAGCCGGGUGAAGCUGGAGCAGUGCCUGUGGUCCCGUUGCCUCGCGUGGAUAGCAUUGAUUUGAUCUGCACACCGGACAUAGAUGAGUUUGUGCUCGACAUUGUGCCUGAUAUCUGCAUCAAUCAGGACAAUUGUAUUGCCCAUCAGUCGACGGGCAGUUUUCUCUCGCUCAUUCGUCGUAAAUCGCUGACACAGCUCAACGAAAAGUAUCUCAUCAGCAUGGCGGAACGUCGAGGACUCUUUGGCAAGCCGGCGGAUCGUGAUAAGUCCCGCAAGGCAGUUAAGAUGCAGGAGGUUAAUGAACCUCCGCCACCUGAUGCCACCUACGACAACAGCUCGGCUACGUCACGUACGGGAGGACAACAAUCGGCGCGUUUGCAGCACCAGCGACCCACCCAGGCAAGCGCCAUACGAUCGCACCUGACAAAGGUGUCGGCGACGCAACGGCAUCCGAUAGCGUUCAACUUUAGGCGGCGGGAGUGCAAGCGUUUUUACGUCUUGCCCGUUUAUAUGCACAGCACAAAGCAAAACAGCCGCUUGUGGUGGCAAUACGCCUUUAAAUGUGUCACGCGCAAUGGCAACGAUGCCAUCUGGAAUCCGAAUCUUAAAUUCAAGCUACACUGCAAACGGCAGCUGCGUAUCCGGAAACUGCGACGUGUGAUGUGGUCGAAUCGGGAGCCGCUGCAUUUGCACAUCCAAGACAUCGAGUUGAUCUGCCAUCUACGCAGAUAUAGCAAGUAGGAAGUGAGAAACUUAUUUGUUAACUACUCGUAAGAGGGGACCAAUAAUAAACACUAAUUGAAAACUAUUUUACGUUCAAUUAAAAUGUUGAUCAAUUUUUGUAGCAUACUUUUAGGCGCACAUUUCACAACUCAAAUCUCGGUGUGAAUUUUGCAUUCACAGAGCGAGAACAGAACAAAGUGUAAAGAAUUGCAUGACAACAAAUAUUUAAAAUUAAUUGCUGGCGAUGUCAAGAUCAAACAUGUACAAACGCCACUCGAUUAACGAAUUAAUCGACAUGAACUCGACGAGUCAAUCAAGCAACAGGCAAGCCGGAUCAACAGGAAAUUACAUCUAAGA